AGGGGCAUAGGUGGUGGAACACUGCAAGCCCACUCUCAUCCUUGCUUGUCCUGUGUUCCUCGUCGCCAUUGUACACUGCAUUUGCACCGCUGUAGCGGGAGGCUUGUCUGGUGGUUGACUUUGCUUUGCUAAAGAUGUUUCAGAAGUCAUUCUCCUCUCCUCUGCAUAAAUAGUGACGAACCUCCUUGUCAACCUCACUCUCCCUCGCCAUCGUUGUCCCCGUCCCUAGUCCAGCAUUCUGCCUGAUCGUUGAGUCCAGGUGGUUGAGGUUGAGUCCUUUCAGAUUGAGAUCGCUUUCUGCGUCGUCUCCCCCCAGAUCUUCUCCAAUGCCUCCGACGUUGUUGUCUUCGUUUCUGGUGCUGAUGACGGUACUUCUAGUCCACGGCCCUGAGCCUGUUACUAGCAAACCCCAUUGCGGAUCGAAGAUUGUGAAAUCAGGCUACUGGCCAUAUUGGGCAACCGAUACGUCAAACCUCAAUUUCGAGUUCCAAACGCAUGUAUUCUUUGCAUUUGCACAGAUUGACCCGGUAACGUAUGAGGUCGUUCCGCCCCCGCCUUCUGAUGGUGUUUCAAUAUUCCCAACGUUCACAAAGCUAGCUCGAAAAUCCAACAAGUGCGUCAAGACCUUACUCUCCAUCGGAGGGGGAGGUUCCAUGUCACCAUUUUCGGCUAUGGCGAGCUCAGCUGCUAACCGCAAGGCAUUCAUUCAGAGCAGUAUUCAGUUGGCUCUUAACAAUAGCUUCGACGGUCUUGACCUGGACUGGGAGUUUCCAGAUACUCAAGUGGACAUGGACAACCUGGCCAUUCUUCUGAAGGAGUGGCGGGCCGAGGCGCAGAAAAAGCUACUUCUCACAGCUGCUGUGUACUUCCGAAACAUUCUCUAUUUCUGGCAACCAGCGGACCAACAACGCCGGUAUCCGAUCGCGUCAAUCAACAAGAACCUGGACUGGAUAAAUGUGAUGUGUUUCGAUUACCGCGGCUCCUGGGAAUCUAACACAGGUGAGCACACGGCUCUGUAUGACCCCAAUCUCCCAGUCGUCAGCACAGACGACGCUGUCACCGACUGGAUCACAGCAGGUCUAUAUCCCCACAAAUUGGUGAUGGGUUUGGCCUUCUACGGAAAGCAAUGGACGCUGCAGAGCUUGGCUAAUACGGGAAUUGGAGCGCCCACUCAGACAGACAUUAGUUCGAAAUACACCCCCGUGUGGAGCGAAAUUGUUGUGUAUCUACAAAAUGACGGGUGGACGACUGUAUUGGAUGAUGCAACGGUGUCAAUGUACAGCUACAACACCCAGUCGCUUCAGUGGGUAGGGUAUGAUAAUGAGGUUACCAUCAAAAAGAAGGUGGAAUACGCCAUCAGAAUCAAAAAGCUGAAGGGGGUGUUUGUUUGGAGUCUCAACCACGAUGACUCCAAUUGGUCUCUUGCUCGAGCAGUGGCCUCUUGUCUAAAUACAACUUUCAGUCCGUGGAUGAGCUGCAGCAAGCCGCCAUGACCCAUUGAUCCUGCUUUUAAAGCAAUCAGGAUUACUAGAAUUCAUCAGAAACUUCGCAAUAUCAUAGUGCUCUCGCUUUGAGCAUCAUUGUUCCGUAGUGGGUGCACUUUAGGAUUGCUUGACAUCAAGAACGUUUACAGGUUGAAGGCAUUGAUCGGAGUCUCCAGCUUUGCCUCUUCAUACUUUGAGUUGCGCAGCUUGAUGCCAUGAUCUGGUAUUUCUACUGGGAACGAUUAAAUGCACGUACUAAAUCUAUUAAGAUUAAUUCUCAGCGUC